GCCUUGGUGAGCCUUGGCUAGGCAUCUGAACGACCAAACCAGUUGGUGGCACACCGGCGUCGGUCACCGGACGUCGAUGGUCGGCUGAAGUCGGUUGUAGUCGUGUGUAAAAGAAAAUUGAGUGUCGGUCGAUGCUCCAGCGAUCCUGUAACAGAUGACACGUGGACGUACACGAGCGCUGUCAUUCAUAAGAACACGAAGAAUACACAGUAGUUGAUUGGACGCGGUGCGUUUGUGAUCGGUAUUGAUGAUGGUGUGUUGCUUUCACGAUUGCUGCUGAGAAGAGUGCUGGGGAGCGCAUGUUGCACCCUUUGGAGUUCGAUCGGUCCGUCGACAGCUGGGAGAAAGUUCUUGAAGGGGGAUGCUCCGAAACAGUGCAUGAGCGUACUCAUAUAAGAGUGAAAGACCAUCCAGGCAGCUUGAAGCAUGACGAAGUACUGGCUGAACGCGGCCCUUCUCAGGGUCGUUCUACCAGUAAUCUUAGCCGGAUGUACGAUAUGGCGACCAACGGGAUUGUCAAUCAUUUAUUUGGGACUGAUGCUUUAUUCUCCAAUGGUCCCAAUACCAACGAACAAAACUAUGAUGGGCCACACGGGAAUAUACCUGAAGACUUGCAUUUGUCUAGCUUUUCUUGUAGUCAUAGCUCAGAUUACCUUUCACAUUGUUCUUUUGUCACUACCGCCCUAUGGAUACUUUUUAGAAAAUUGUGUGUUUUUGGAGAAACUUUUCAGACACAUAGGCUUUGUCAGAUUAGAUAGCGCAUCUGUAUGGGAAGUAUUUUACUGGCUGUCGCCAGAAUUUAUAGUCCUGCCCACCGUACUUGCCGUAUAUUUUAUAUCUCGUUUCCUUACGCAAAGACGUGUUGGCGAUGAAGAGAAUGAAGCUGUUCUUCGCCAGGAAAAUAAUUCUCAACGACAAAAAACGGAAGACAAUAACACGAAGAUAAUCAAUUUCCUGGGAAGUAUCGGUACCUAUGUUGUGUUGGCGUCAUUAUGCUGUGUCGCGGCCUUAAGGCCAUCGAUAGAGGCGGCUUUCUACUAUUUGGUGUUCCUCGGAGCCGCCACGUGCUGGGCAUGCAACAAAGAAUUGCGAAAGGGUUUUGCCGUGAUCUGUAGGAUCAUCAUGGUCAUCGUGAUCGUUCACAUCGUUAUCUUGCUCGCCUACCAGAACGAAUGGCCGCAGGAGAUCAUUCCGGAAUCUAGUGCUUGGCCGCGUUAUUUAGCUCUGGUUGCAGUUUAUCACACCAAUUGCAGCGAUCCGAGAAACGUGGAAUACAUAAAUGAUGCCGAUUGGUUGAUUUACGGAUAUGCUUUAAGGUUGUUCUGGCUCUACUACAUCCUUGCGUUGCAAUCGCAAUUUCUCAGUAGAAAACCGGCGAAGGAAGCAAAACGAUUAAGCGGCAGACUGGAGGACACUCCUUUGUCCAGGCACGUGUCUAUCAGGGUGUCUAUCAGGCGUAGGACACCUUCCCAAAGAUGGCAAUCAGUGCGACGUAAGGCUCGCAAGCCGGUCGUAGAUUCGUCGUUAACAACGGUCGACGAGCGGACUCCUUUGAUGCGAUUUGGAUCUGGGAGAACGGGGCUUCUUCAAGACUCCACUACCGGAAGCAUCAUCGUCAAUCAGGAUGGCCAACAGGACGAUAACAUACAAAUGCAGAGUCUCAGUGAAGGAACGCCUGAUGAAACGCCGGGCAUCGUUGAACAAAUAAUUAUGGCAGUAUAUUCUAUCUUCCAGUUAAUAGUAAAUUCAUCAUACCUUGCUACAAACAUAAUAAUGAUGACGUGGAGCAUAAUGUAUCACAGCUGGACAACAUUCGUUCUGCUCCUGUGGGCGCUAAUUCUAUGGAUGGUUCCCAAUAAACGUGCUUCCAUGAUGAAGUGUUCUCCUUUCAUCGUAUUCUACGCGACCCUCUUACUUCUCGGACAAUUUAUAUACAGUAUGGAUUUGAACGAUGAAGAAUUGCCAAAAGUAAUAAGUGGCGUACAGAUGUCUGAAAUUGGCUUCACUAAAGCCGACGACCUCGGCCGCUGGCAUCUCAUAGUUAAGUGCGCAUUUAUAACGAUGUUUUGGAUCACUAUGAGGCAAUAUAUGACAGAACGAAAACAACAGCGACGAUCUUCUACCUUAAGAGACAUGGUAGCGCCGUUACACGUAUCUGUCUCGAUGGCUACAACCACCAUGGGUCACGAGGCGCCUACAGAAAUCAAGAGCCAAUUUAUGAAAAAUGUCGGAAAGUUGUUGCAAGACUUAUUAACAAGAUUCUGGAUUGCCGUGGUAGCGAUCAUGCUAUUCAUCUGCGGCAUUACGGGCGAACGCAUGACGAUGUUCAGAAUCGUCUACAUGUCGCUGUUUCUCAUCUUCGUCAUCACAUUCCAGAUAUCGUGGACAGCAUGGAGAAAAAUGAUGUAUAUAUUUUGGGUAACAGUUAUUGGAUAUUCGAUUAUCAUGCUGAUCCUCGUUUACACCUAUCAAUUUCAAAAUUUUCCGAAAUAUUGGGAGGCUAUCGGAGUAGAACAAAAUUUACAAAUGGAUAUUGGAUUGGAGACAUACGCGAUCAAAGACCUGUUCGUAAGAUUGCUAACGCCAACGUGUUUCGUCAUUAUCACGGUACUUCAAAUUCAUUAUUUCCACAAGGAUUUUCUGGAAGUCACCAACAUCGAUAGAUUAGGGCCCGAGAGCUCAUUUAGAUGCGCCAGCCUAGGACACUCUCCUAGUUUAAAUAUUCCAGUAGCUUCACCAGCCGAUAUUACACUUACCGAUGACGAGAAACACACAAUAUACACAUUGAAACAAUUAAAACACAUGUCAAAAUUAGAGAGAAUUGCACUGUUACGAAAACUAUCAAAGCAUCUUGUAAAUUUUUACAAUUAUAUCUGGCUUUUCCUCGAAAUACACAUGCAAAAAAUUGUUUUUGUUUCAUUCGUUCUUCUGUGCAUUAACGACGUAUGCGCAAUAAAUUUCUUUUUUAUCGUCGUCGUGGUUAUAAUGAUCAAUUUUAACAGAAACAUUCAGAUCAAAUCGAUCAACAUUAUGGCCGCGAUAGUAUCACUUUUAAUAGUUACCAAGAUGUUAUAUCAGAUUAAAUACAUUAAUCAUAAGAACUGGGACGUCAACUGCACUAGAAUCAUCAAUGAAACUGUUAAUGGGACUAAUCGACAGGACACGAUUAACCAUACGUACAAUAUAGCCAAAUGGUUUGGAAUGGAUAAAGCACUUCCGGGUAUGCUUCCUGAUCUGUUGAAAGGCUAUAUCGGCAUCAUUACUGUGACAACUUUGAGGAAGAUCAUAAGAAUCCGCCAAUGGUUUUAUCGCCAUAGUAAAGGAGAACCAUUGGAAACCCCUCAAAUAAUGUUCCCAACUAUCACCAGGAUGGAUGCUGACAAGGGAAUACCGGAGUGUUUAAAGUUCCUUUUCAACUAUGGUUUUUAUAAAUUCGGUCUCGAAAUGUGCCUCUUUGGAAUCGUUACGCUGAUCGGCACAAGAUUAGACUUUUAUUCCGUCUUGUAUAGCGUAUGGUUGCUGGUGUUCUUUUCAUUGAAAAGGAAAACUGUUUCACGAAUUUGGCCCUGCUUUAGAGCUUUCGCUAUAAUUCUUCUACCUAUCCAAUAUGCCAUCGUUGUAGCUCCACCUUCGUGGCUUUGUAUAGAUUAUCCUUGGGACGAUCCUGAAAUGAGACAAUUGCAAGACUGGAUGUAUUUUCCUGAUCCAGAUUACCCACCGAAUUCUAAAAAACUGAUUUGUGACUUUAUAUUAUUAAUGAUGAUCGUGCGGCAAAGUCUGGUAUUCCAAAUUGAACAAAAACAUUUACAAUCUGGCAAGGAUUUUGCGGCAGGCCACAAUUAUUCCGUUUUCCAAGAUAUGGAAAAACCGAAUUUUGUGAAUCCCGUAAAAGAUUAUGUGUCGCAUAUUCAUUCGUGGCUGGACAUAAUCAAACGUGCUGUCAUGAUGAGCCUCAUGUGGAUAACUUUGUCGAUUAUGUUUUUGGCUGGGACGAAAAGAACAAAUCUGUUUUCGCUCGGUUAUCUCAUAGGAGCGUUUAUAUUCCUUUGGCAAGGAAGUAACUUUUACUUGAGACCAAUGAGAACUAUUCUAAAGUGGUGGAAUAUGCUGAUCGGAUACAGCGUUAUCGUUAUUUUUACAAAAGCUAUUCUUCAAGGAGUGGGUUGCGUCCUUAUCAAUGACCUCGAAAAGUCAGCUUGUGAGCUAGUGCAAUUACUGGGUAUCGCAUGCCUAAAAAAAUUCAAGAGUUCAAUCCAGUCAACAGACGCUGAUUCCAAGUGCUAUGUCACUAGAGAAGACAUCGGCAUGGUCUGGGAUGGAUUGUGCUUUGCUUUCCUUUUGAUACAGAAACGACUCUUCAAGAGUUACUACUUCUUCCAUGUAAUAGACGAAACGAAAGCCAUGAGCAUUCUAGCAUCUCGCGGCGCGGAACUGCUCGAAGAUCUACAUCAGAAGCGUAUAGAAAUUCAAGAGAAUAAGGAGAAGAAAAUUUUAGAAAACUUGAAAUUCAAGAUGGACAAAAUUAAGGCCAAUCAGCAAAGAAUACAGAGACCAUCUUACAGAGAACCCGAGAGUCACAAAAUCGAUGAACUCUAUCCAGGAACACGGCCAUUGUACAAAAUUCGUCCGCCGCGGACCAAUAGAGAGGCAAUCAGAUCGGGCGACUACUAUAUGUUUGAUGAUCUGGAUGAUGACGACGUCACUGAUCUUAUUCCUGACAACGAAGUUGAAAAGAAGGAAAAAGAACUUCGCCGUGAGCAAGAGAAACGUGGAAGGAGAAUGACUGUUUCGGAGUUCAUGAACACGGUGAUUAAGACAGACAUUGAGAUCGCGACGCAUGUCGCCAUGUACGGAGGAACAGAAAAGGACGCCCUGAGACUCCGGCGUAGAAGCGUACCUUUAACACGGAAGAAAUCAUCCAUGUCCUAUUUGAGCGCUCGCUCCGAGACCGACACUGCUAUGGCCACUGAUGGACCCGAUCGGACGAGUCUCACUUCAGUAGAAAUGGAAACGGAAGAGAAAGAUCCUACUGACUUGGUUAAAACACCAUCGGACACAGAGGACGAGAAAAUGGAAGAUGAGCAGAGUGACGAAAAGGACGAAAAAAAGAAAAAAGUCUCGUUCUUCACAUACCUCAAAUUUAUCUUGGUGAUGAUUAACAGCACUCUUAUUUCUAUGACGAGAUACCUAAACAAGUUCUCCAAGGAUUACAGACUUAUUCGCAAGAUUUUAGCGAAAGAAAAGAAGAUCCUAAAAGAGAAGCCAGAUUUCAGAAUGGGAAUGCGAUUAGGAAUUAAUCAAAUGUGGCAGCCUCUGAUGCAGGAACGAUUAGCUACAAACGGCAAUGUGGAGGAGCAGUAUGAUCCUGGAGAAGGUCCGAGCCAACUACAACAGCAAGAUAAAAGGAAGAGGAGCUCGCUGGCAGUGCCGCACAUCCGAAUUCUGGCGCCGAGUUUGGAGCGAGGAUUGGACAUGUCCUCCUCCAGCACACUUUUCUCGCGAGCUUUGCCAGUCCAGCAAGACGAAGAAACUACGGAACUCUCAGAAGUGGAUCAACCGCCCAUCGUACAGUUUGCAGCAUCUAUCUGGUUCGGAAUUUUGGCGCAUUCUAGUUUACUUUGUUACUUUAUGGUGUUUCUUCAUCAAAUUAAGAAUGCGUCUGUACUGUCGACACCAUUACCGCUCAUGGUAUUUUUAUGGGGUUCUUUGACGAUACCGCGACCCUCCAAAACUUUUUGGGUAACAUUGAUCGCAUAUACCGAGGUCAUUGUCAUAAUAAAAUGUAUUUUUCAAUUGGAAGUAAUUCCCUGGAAUGAAAAGGUCCCAAUAAACCAUCCAUUCUAUGAGCCAAGGAUUAUUGGUGUUCUAAAAGACCCCAAUUACGCUCUAUGGGAUUUAUUAUUACUUCUCAUGUUGUUCUUCCACAGAUUUAUGUUAAAAUCCAUGGGUCAAUGGACAGCUGCAUCUUUAAAAUCACGGAAAGUUAUUUCUUCUCAGUUAGCUACAGUGCCAUCGAAGCAACAACCUUUAGAUAAGCAACAAGAAAAAAAAGACAAAGAGCAAGAAAGCCAAGAGCAAGAAGGCAAAGAGCAAAAAAGCAAAGAGCAAGAAGACAAAGAACAAGAAAGCAAAGAGCAAGAAAGCAAAGAGCAAGAAAGCAAAGAGCAAGAAGGCAAAGAGCAAGAAGACGGCAUACAGGAAGAAAGCGAUUCUCAUAUAAAGGAAAAAGAACCUGAAAAACAGUCUUUGAGUGCCUUGCAAGUGAGUGCAAACUUUGAUGUAGCAGGUAACACAGAUCUAUUCGCAGAUGACAACAAGAAGCUAAUAGCUGCAGAAGAAGAAGAGCAUCCAGAAAGUAAAUCGCUUACUAAAACAAUGAAUACGGCAGUAAUUAAACACACUGCACCAAUGAAAGACUUCUUUAUGAAAAUUAUCGAUCCUACUGGUAAAGAGAAAACAAAUGUUUACGCCUAUAUGUUUCUCUGUGACUUCUUUAACUUUUUGCUGCUUAUUUUCGGAUUUUCCGCAUUUGGAACUCAACAAGGCGAUGGCGGAGUAACGGCUUAUUUUCAGGAAAAUCGAGUUCCUAUGCCUUUCCUGUUAAUGUUAUUAUUACAAUUUGCUCUAAUUGUUAUCGAUAGAGCUCUUUUCCUCAGAAAAUCUAUUUUAGGAAAGUUAAUUUUCCAAUACUGCUUAGUAUUCGGGAUUCAUCUAUGGAUGUUCUUUAUUUUACCGAGCGCGACGGAAAGACAAUUCAACGAAAAUCUUCCGCCACAAAUCUGGUACAUGGUAAAAUGCUUCUAUCUUUUGUUAGCGGCUUAUCAAUUGCGACAAGGAUAUCCGACUCGAAUAUUGGGCAAUUUUUUGUGCAAGAAGUAUAGUAUUGUAAAUUAUGUCCUAUUUAAAGGAUUUAUGUUGGUACCGUUUCUCUUUGAACUUCGAGCAGUAAUGGAUUGGAUUUGGACUGAUACGUCCAUGACUAUAAUGGACUGGUUUAAGAUGGAAGACAUCUUUGUUAGUAUUUAUCAAAUCAAAUGCAUGCGAGGAGUUGAAUCAGACUACCCUCAACCACGAGGAGAAAAGAAGAAACAAAUGAGCAAGUACUUAGUAGGCGGGAGUGUACUUUUGUUCAUAAUUGCUUUAAUCUGGUUCCCAUUACUUCUAUUUGCCCUUGGUAGUACUGUCGGACAGUCGAACUUGCCUUAUGAUGUGUCCAUGAAAAUACGAAUUGGUCCAUACGAACCUAUCUAUUCCAUAUCGGCACAGGGCAGUUCUAUCACCGCUUAUACGAAAGAACAGUACAAACGUCUUUAUACAGAUGAUUUAUACUCGAAAAAGAGAUCAGCUGUAACCUUUUUCGAAAAUUACGUCCAUUCUGACGUGGCUGCAGUAAAAUUCCCGACUUCCUCGGGAAUACUUUGGCAUAUUUCUCCACCUGAUAAAGAAAGAUUGAAAAAUGAAUUGGUUUCUAAUGACACGGAAGUAAUUGUACAUGUGGAAUGGACAGUUUCAAGGAAAACAGAUGCUAAAGAUACCAGUGGAGUCACUUCGACGGUUCAACCUAUAAGUUUACUACCGUACGUAAACGGAAAAUUAAAUCCUGCAAGACAAACAUUAGUGGACAUGUUAAGCGAGGAUACCGAUGCAACAAAUGCGACAAUAGAAUUACAAAACGCCUUUCCCAAAUUCCUCAAAGUCACUGCUAGAACCGUCAGUCCCGUUCGACAAUUAAUGGAAGGACCAAAAGAGUCUUUAUUUGAAGGCUACAAGGACAGUCACUUUUACAGAAACCUGAGUAUACAAUUAUCAACGAACAAAACAUGUUGUGAUAAUAAGCAGUGGUGGGUGGUUAGGGAAGUAUGCACGGACCCUCCGUACGAAUUCUUGAAAAACAUACCAUUAAAUGAUUGCAACUACAUAAUGAUGUUCCUAUUUAAUGACAAGACUUUCCCCGAGGGCUUAAGUUUCAUCAGCGGAUUUGGGAUCCUAGGAUUGUAUACCACAGCGGUGAUAGUCAUAAGUCAAAUGAUGAGGAAAUUUGUCAGCGAUGUGGCACCUAAGAUCAUGUUCGACGAUUUACCCUAUGUCGACAGAAUUCUUCGACUUUGCUUGGAUAUCUAUUUGGUCCGCGAAAGCGGCGAUUUAUGUCUUGAAGAAGACUUGUUUGCCAAAUUGAUCUUCCUCUACAGAUCACCGGAAACAUUAAUCAGGUGGACGAGACCGCCCGAAGAAGGAGAACAAACUGAUAACGAAGAAGAGGAAUUACUAGAUGAAGAAAGAAGACGAGCUGAAUCGUCGUCUCGUCGUGACUGAAAGUCUGAGGAAUAACAAACGUUUUUAAGUAAAUAAUGUUUUAUAUGCGCGUUACUGCAGAAAAUCUGGAACGUAAUUCUUCAAAUUAGUUUCUUCUUCUUGGCUAGAUAAGAUAAUAUUUAUAGUGAAAAUCGUUCUAAAAAUCACUUUAAAAUCAUUAGAAAAUACGGAUAGACAUCCAAUUCAAAUUUAAAUAGAAUGGAAGAAAUAGAAUGUUCCAAACUUGAAGGAUACUUUUGAAUUUACACGAUGAUGAACUUGCGUCGUUUAUAAUAUGCUUCUUUUUUGAAUAUUGAUUCAUGGCUAUUCUUUGUUUUAAAAUAUCGUUUUUCGAAAAAACUUCAAAAAAGCUCAAUUAAUAGAUUUUGCUGAAAAAUCAACUGCCCCAUCAAAAUUUCGCGAUGCAAACAUUUUUAUCAAAUAUUUUAAGAACAUAUAGAGGGACAUAUGUUCAUUUUGUAAUAUAACUUAGUAAUUUGUUUCACUAAUGUAAAAGAAGUUUGCAAAUACUAAUAUCAUGCAUACGUUUUCAAAUUAAAAAGGUUUUUGAUUUGUAGAGAAUUCAAAAAUUUAGUAAAAGUCUAUUUUUAUCAUAAACAUUUUAAUAAAGUAACUAUUACUAUAUUCACAGAAUUAUAUUGUAUAUAUAAUAUAUACAAUAUACAAAUUACAUUUAUAUUAUAUAUUACAAUUAUUUCAUAUGUAUAAGUAAUUAUAUAUUGUAUAAAUGAAAAAAAAAAAAUCAUUGAAACAGGUACAAAAUGACAGAAGUAGCUCGAUAUUUGUAAUCAAUCUGUCAUCAUAUUUAUAAAAUUCUGUUAUAUUUAUGCUGAUAUAAUUUGUAACAAAAUUUGUAGCAAAUAUAUUUUGCAAAAUUUAUUUUCGUUAAAUUUGCAAACUAUUUGUAUUUAUUAGCUACAAAUUUUGUUAAAGUCAUUUAAUUAAUCCAAUUAAGAAUGCAAUAUCCAAAUAAAACUUUUUGCAAAAAGUAUUUGCAAAACGUUAACGCAUCGUGAAUUUUUGAAAAUAAAUUUAUUUAUCAAUGGAAAAUGUAAUUAUAUUAAAAUGCUUUUAUUGUUAAAGUUUGUGUGCUUAGUGUGUAGGUUUCUAGAUUGUGCAUUUAGAACUUAAAUAUAAAAUUAAAUUAUUUAUAAGACAUUGAUCGUAAAUUGAUUGACAUAGUUUCUCAAUCUUUUUUAUACGUUUUUUUAGUUGCAAAUGCGUACAGCCUUGCAAUUUGGCUAAUUUGCCAAAGAUAUCCAAACUAUAAGUAUUUAAUGAGAAAUGUAUCGCAAAAAGAGAAUGUUUAUAUUGUAUAUAAAUAAAUAUGUGUACAUGUGAAAAUAUAGCAGCUCAUUGAUCUUUCAAAACA